AUGGAGGGCGCGGGCCGCAUCUCGCCGCUGCCCUACCUGGAGGUCUACGACCACGAGCCGCUGGGCGGGGAGCCGGCGCCUUUGGCCCUGGCGGGGCCCCUCAAGGGUGAGGCCCCAGUGGCGUGCAAGGACGCGGCCACUCGGCUGGGCGGCCUGGCCCUAGAGCGAGGCCGCGGGGCGGCGGCACAGCAGGCACACCACCCCCCGACGCCGCAGCCGCAGCGGCGCCUCUUCCCCGGCUCGCCGCGGGAGAGCCGCAGUCUGACCGACGUGAGCAGGAGACCCCCGGACCGCGCCCGGAGGCAGCUGCCCCGUGGCCGCCGCCCGGACGACGACCACGAGGCCGCCGCCAGGUGCCGGCGGCUCGGACGGGCCGGUUACAACUUGGCCUGGCAGCAGCCCCCGCCUCCGCCCGCACCCCAGCAGCAGCAGCAGCAACAGCGGCGGCCCCAUUCGGGGAAGAAGGACACCCCCGCGCCCACGCCCCGCGGAGAUUACAGCACCCCUCGUGGGAGCCUGACUCUGGAGAGAGAACCCAGCGGGGAUCAAUGGGCCACGACUGUGCGCAGGGCCAUGGGGCACUGGGUCCCGUCGUCCACCUCCUUGGAGAAGUCCGCCUUGCCCUCGAAAGAGCUCAGGGUCCGGGCCUCUUCCCAGGAGCGGCGCGGCAAGGCCGGGAGCCAGCUGGUGGAACGUGGCGGCCAGUACCCCCAGCCCCAGGCGGCCCACCAGGACUCUGAGCUGGAGCCCUUCCAAAACCUGCAGGACAAGCACGCUGAGGCCAUGAUCCCCGCCCGCGAUAAGAAGAUCGUCAAUCUCAUGCUGGAGCGGCUGCAGAAGGCCAGGCGGAUACAAGAGCUGCAGCACCAGGCGGCCGAGGCCUGGGAGGAGGUGAAGCGCUGCGACCAGAGGUUCCAGAUGAUGAUGGAGAGGGAGCGCCAGCAGCAGCUGUCCCAAAGCAAGGAAGAGUGGGAGCGUCAGAAGGAGGAGCGACGUGCCCGCCUCAGCAAGGAACAGCAGGAGCGGUUGCAGACUUGGGAAAAGGAGAUGGCCUUGAGAGAGAACAAGUGGAAACGGCAGGUCCAGGAGCAGGAGAACCGGCGCAGGGAGAAGUUGGAGAGGGCUCGGAUGCAGGCGGAGUUCCGGAAGCAUUGCCAGGAGCAGAUGCUGAAAGAAAAAGAGGGGAUGCGGAAGGACCUCAGGGAGCAGAACAUUCAGCAGCUGCAGGAGAAGAUGGUGCAGGCUUGCUACAAGAGGCAGCUCAAGAACUUGGAAGGCAGGAAGAAACUUCAGGAGAACAACCUUGCUUCCUCUGCCAAUCACCAGUUCCGGAAGGUCCUGCUAGACAGUCAGAACAAGGCUGAGGAAAUCCUGAGGAGACUGUCCUUGGAGCAGAGAUCCCAGAGGUCUCAGGAGAUCCACCAGCGCCUGAUCGAGGAGAGGCACAGAGAGCUGAAAGAAAAGGCUCAGAAAGAGGAAGAGCAUCUCUUGUUGGCCAAGUGGAGAGCGGAAGAGACAGAUGAGCAGAAAAAAUUGCAUAAGAUGUUGUUAGUGGAGCUGGGUGACCUGAAGAUCCAGCAGGCUAGAGAUAACGUGAAUAAAAAUAACAAAGACAAGGCAGACAGGAUCAGGGAGUUUAACUUUCUUCGGGAGAAAAACCACUACUUUCUAAAGCAGAAAGCUGAGGAAGAGGCCAAGUGCCACAUUGAAGGCAUCAAAGAAGCUAUCAGGAGGAAGGAGCAGAAGAUAAACCAGAUCUCCAGAGAGAAAGACGCCACUAUUGAAGAAUCCCGAAAGAUUGCUCAAGCCUCUCUGCAGAUGAGGGAGAAAGUGAAAGCCCUGCAAGUUUCCUUUGACAGGAUGGCCUGGGAAGCUCAGCUUAGUGCCAGUCUGCAUCAGGGGAGUCACUGA